AUGGCAAAGCAAAAGAAACGCCUCCGUUCUCAAAGCCAGAGGGAAGAAUCUGCACCUCGUUCACCUGUGCAGAGCAACUCUCCAUCUCCGCCUCUUGUUUCAGAGAAUCAGGAAGAAGGACAAGGGGACAGGAACACCGAUACGCCUGUUCCUAUCACUGAAACUCCAAGAUUGGAGCAAAGGUCCCCUGUUACUGAAUUGGAAGGAAAAACAGAGCAUGUUGAUUCGACUGCUCCACAUUCAGCUGCGGACCUGUCAUCAGAGGGCGGAAGUUCGAAUGGAACGACCAAAAAAAGAAAAGGAAGAGGACCAGGAAAGGGUGUAAAGCCUGGACACAACCCGUCCCUGGAAUUUCACGAUAACAGGUCUAUAAUUACCACUCAAGCAGCCCGUGAAAUUUUAGCUAUCUUCAAAAGGAGCAUCAAUGGGCCUUGGAUUACUUUCUCAGAGUAUCCUGCAUCAUAA